GGAUCCAGCUGUGCGGAGCGCUCGGCUCGGCGCGGCCGCCGCGGGAGCAUCCUCUGCCGCCGCCCGUCCCCGGGGCGCCGGGCAGCAUCCCAUCGCCCCGGGCAGAUGUUGGGGAGCCGAGGGGACAGGCACAGCCGCUAGGGGCGGCCCGCCCCCCGGGUGGGGGCCAGCACCGGCAGCGGGGGCCGCCCCGCAACCGCCUCCCUGCCCGCGGCUCGGGCCCCCGAAGGCACGGCGAGGAGGAGCUACGGAGCCCGCAGACAGCAGGGCAGGACGAGGGGGCGGCCCGGCCCCGGCAGGGGGAGAGGCAGUGGCUCGCCCGGCCAUGCCACCCCGGCGCUGAAGCCGCCCCGCCGCAUCCCCCAGCCCCCCUACCCCGCCAUGGCCGCGCCACUCUAGGCGUCCCACCGGCUCGCCCCGCGUCGCCCCGGCUCCCCCGGGGCCGCCGGCCGGAGGAUGGACGAAGAUGGACCGCGAGCGGCCGAGGAGGAUCCGGAGCCGGGCAGAGCCAAGACUUUCAUCCGCCUUAAUGACCUGUCCGGGGCCGGGGGCCACCCGGGGCCGGGGGACAGGGAGGCGGGCAGCGGCGAUUCGGAGGCAGAGGCGCUGCCCUACCCGGCGCUGGCUCCCGUCGUCUUUUUCUACCUGAGCCAGGAGAGCCGGCCGCGGAGCUGGUGCCUCCGGUUGGUCUGUAACCCAUGGUUUGAGAGGGUCAGCAUGUUGGUGAUUCUACUCAACUGUGUGACACUGGGCAUGUUCCACCCCUGCGAGGAUAUUGCCUGCGACUCGCCGCGCUGCAGGAUCCUCCAGAGCUUUGAUGACUUCAUCUUUGCCUUCUUUGCUGUGGAAAUGAUCAUCAAAAUGAUCGCACUGGGGAUUUUUGGGAAGAAAUGCUACCUGGGAGACACAUGGAACCGCCUGGACUUCUUCAUCGUCAUUGCAGGGAUGCUGGAGUAUUCCCUGGACCUGCAGAAUGUCAGCUUCUCAGCCGUCCGCACUGUUCGAGUCCUGCGGCCACUCAGGGCCAUUAACAGGGUCCCCAGUAUGCGCAUCCUGGUGACACUGCUUUUGGACACGCUGCCCAUGCUGGGGAACGUCCUCCUCCUCUGCUUCUUCGUCUUCUUCAUCUUUGGCAUUGUGGGAGUCCAGCUGUGGGCAGGUUUGCUCAGGAACCGCUGCUUCCUCCCUGAGAACUUCAGCAUCCCCUACACAGUUGAUUUGGAACGGUACUACCAGACAGAGAACGAAGAUGAAAAUCCCUUCAUCUGCUCCCAGCCCCGGGAGAAUGGGAUGCGCUACUGUCGGAGUAUCCCAACACGGAGGGAAGAGGGUCUGGAGUGCACUCUGGAUUAUUAUUCCUACAAUGACACCACCAACACAUCUUGUGUGAACUGGAACCAGUACUACACGAACUGCUCUGCUGGGGAGCACAACCCCUUCAAGGGAGCCAUCAACUUUGAUAACAUUGGCUACGCCUGGAUUGCAAUCUUUCAGGUCAUCACGUUGGAAGGCUGGGUGGACAUCAUGUACUUUGUCAUGGAUGCACACUCCUUCUACAACUUCAUCUACUUCAUCCUCCUGAUCAUUGUGGGCUCCUUCUUCAUGAUCAACCUGUGCCUGGUGGUGAUAGCGACACAGUUCUCUGAGACAAAGCAGCGUGAGAGCCAGCUGAUGAAGGAACAGCGCGUGCGCUACCUGUCCAACGCCAGCACCCUUGCCAGUUUCUCAGAGCCAGGAAGCUGCUAUGAUGAGCUCCUCAAGUACCUGGUUUACAUUGCCCGGAAGGGCAGCAAGCAGCUGGUGAAGGCCUACAGGGCAGCAGGCGUGAAGAUGGGCUUCCUGAGCAGCCCCACGAGCAAGGCGAGGGCUGAGCGGCACGCCAGGAAGCGCCGGAGCAGGAAAAGAUCCUCCGUGCACCACCUCAUCCACCACCACCACCACCAUCACCACCACUACCACCUAGGCAACGGGAGCCUGCGAGCGCCCCGUGCCAGCCCAGAGAUCAGUGAUGUGGAGACCAGCUCACUCCAAAACGGGACCAACAGGCUGAUGCUCCCUCCCUCAGCACCCAAUUCCCUGGGGGCCCCCAGCGCCUCUCCCAGCAACACUGAGUCCGUGCACAGCAUCUACCAUGCCGACUGUCACUUUGAGCCGGUGCGCUGCCGGUCAUCCCUGACACAGCCAAGCCUCGGUUUGCCAAGCCCAGAAGGGAUCCCCAAGAACAUAGUGGGCAGCAAGGUGUACCCCACAGUGCACUCCAGCACCUCCCAUGAGAUGCUGAAAGAGAAGAAUUUGGGGGAGGCGGCGGUGGGUGCUGGGAGCAGCACCUUGACGAACCUCAACAUCCCACCCGGGCCAUACAGCACCAUGCACAAGCUGCUGGAGACACAGAGCACAGGGUUCUUCUCAGUCCACGUUACAGAGAAAGGUGAUGGCUUUCCAGGUCCCUGCCAAAGCUCUUGCAAGAUCUCCAGUCCCUGCGCCAAGCUGGAUGGUGGCUCCUGCACCACCGAGAGCUGCCCUUACUGCCUCGCUGCGCUAGCGGGCGAGGCCGAGCUGUCAGACAAUGAGACGGCCGACUCAGACAGUGAGGGGGUCUACGAGUUCACGCAGGAUGCUCACUACAGUGACCAGCGAGACCCACAAAGGGGCAGAGCCCGGGCCAGGAGAGCCCAUCUGGUACUGGCCUUCUGGCAUGUGGUGUGUGAGACUUUCCAGAAGAUCGUGGACAGCAAAUAUUUCGGCCGUGGGAUCAUGGUGGCCAUUCUCAUUAACACACUCAGCAUGGGGAUCGAGUACCAUGAGCAGCCAGAGGAACUUACCAAUGCCCUGGAGAUCAGCAACAUCGUCUUCACAAGCCUCUUUGCCCUGGAGAUGCUGUUGAAAGUCCUUGUUUAUGGUCCUUUUGGCUACAUUAAGAAUCCAUACAACAUCUUUGAUGGGAUCAUUGUGGUGAUUAGCGUGUGGGAGAUUGUGGGCCAGCAGGGCGGGGGGCUCUCGGUCCUGCGCACCUUUCGUCUCAUGCGGGUGUUGAAGCUGGUCCGCUUCAUGCCAGCACUGCAACGCCAGCUCGUUGUCCUCAUGAAGACCAUGGACAAUGUGGCUACCUUCUGCAUGUUGCUGAUGCUCUUCAUCUUCAUCUUUAGCAUCCUGGGCAUGCACCUCUUUGGCUGUAAGUUCGCUUCAGAGCGGGAUGGUGACACUCUGCCUGACAGGAAGAACUUUGACUCCUUGCUCUGGGCCAUCGUCACUGUUUUCCAGAUUUUGACGCAGGAAGACUGGAACAAGGUCCUUUACAAUGGCAUGGCCUCCACCUCAUCCUGGGCUGCUCUCUACUUCAUCGCUCUCAUGACAUUUGGGAAUUACGUUCUCUUUAAUCUGCUGGUGGCCAUCCUGGUAGAGGGUUUCCAGACAGAGGGUGAUGCUUCCAAGUCUGAUUCCGAGGGGGAUCUCUUCCCCCACAGCCUGGAAGAGGAGGGAGAACCUAAGAAAAACUUGUCAAAUCCAACCUUGAUGGCCCUGAGCGACCACCCGGAGCUGAAGAAGAGCCUGACCCCGCCGCUCAUCAUCCAUACGGCCGCCACGCCCAUGCCCAUGCCCAAGAGCGCCGUGUUCGGUGACGCGGCGCAGGGCUACGAGUCCCGCCGGGCCAGCGGCGUCUCCAUGGACCCCGCUGCCGCCCAUGAGCUCAAGUCCCCGCCCAGCACCCGCAGCUCCCCACACAGCCCCUGGCGUGCCAGCAGCUCCUGGAACAGCCGCCGUUCCAGCUGGAACAGCAUCGGCCGGGCCCCCAGCCUCAAGCGCCGGGGGCAGAGUGGCGAGCGCAGAUCCCUCCUGUCCGGGGAGGGGAAGGAGAGCUCGGAGGAAGGGGACAGCUCGGAUGAGGAGCACUCCAGCCGGGCCGGCAGCUUCAAUGGCUCUUUGCCUCACCGCAUGGAGUCGCUGGAAACGAAAGGGUCCUUUGACCUCCAGGAUACUCUGCAGGUGCCUUCUCUGUAUCGGACCAGCAGUAUGCACAGCACCAGAACAUCUGUCUCCGAGCACCAGGACUGCAAUGGGAGGACCUCUCCAGGUCUGCUGCUGCACCAGCUCCACCUUGAUGAGCCCCACCAGGAUGGUGAUGACGGCGAUGAUGAAGGUAGCAUGAGCAAAAGGGACCGUAUGAAGGCCUGGGUACGGGCACGGCUCCCCACCUGCUGCAAAGAGAGGGACUCCUGGUCCAUCUACAUCUUCGCCCCUCACUCCAGAUUCCGUCUGAUGUGCAAUAAAAUCAUCACUCACAAGAUGUUCGAUCACGUCGUCUUGGUGAUCAUUUUCCUGAACUGCAUUACCAUUGCAAUGGAACGACCCAAAAUUGAGCCUCACAGCGCUGAACGGAUUUUCCUAACACUCUCCAACUACAUCUUUACAGUCAUCUUCCUGACUGAGAUGACAGUUAAGGUGGUGGCACUAGGCUUGUGUUUUGGGGAGAAAGCCUACUUGAAGAGCAGCUGGAAUGUGCUGGAUGGGGUGCUGGUGCUCAUCUCCGUCAUCGACAUCCUGGUCUCGAUGGUGUCAGACAGCGGCACGAAAAUCCUGGGGAUGCUGCGGGUUCUGAGGCUACUGAGGACACUGCGGCCCUUGAGAGUCAUUAGUCGAGCCCAAGGACUGAAGCUGGUUGUGGAGACUCUCAUGUCAUCAUUGAAACCCAUUGGGAACAUUGUGGUUAUCUGCUGUGCCUUUUUCAUAAUCUUUGGGAUCUUGGGAGUUCAGCUUUUCAAAGGCAAGUUUUUUGUGUGCCAGGGGGAGGACACCAGAAACAUCACAAAUAAAUCGGAUUGUACAGAAGCAAGCUACAAAUGGGUCCGGCACAAGUAUAAUUUUGAUAAUCUCGGCCAGGCCCUGAUGUCUCUCUUUGUCCUGGCCUCCAAGGACGGGUGGGUGGAUAUCAUGUACGAUGGCUUGGAUGCUGUGGGAGUCGACCAGCAGCCAGUCAUGAACUACAAUCCCUGGAUGCUCCUCUACUUCAUUUCCUUCUUGCUGAUUGUGGCCUUCUUCGUCCUCAACAUGUUUGUGGGGGUGGUGGUGGAGAAUUUCCACAAGUGUCGGCAGCACCAGGAGGAGGAAGAAGCCAAGAGGCGGGAGGAAAAAAGGCUCCGCCGGCUGGAGAAAAAGAGAAGGAGUAAGGAGAAACAGAUGGCUGAUCUAAUGCUGGAUGAUGUAUUAAUGGAGAGCUCAGCCAGUGCAGUGCAAGAAGCUCAGUGUAAGCCCUACUACUCGGAUUACUCCCGUUUCCGCCUCCUGAUUCACCAGAUGUGCACCAGCCACUACCUGGAUCUGUUCAUCACCGGCGUCAUUGGCCUCAAUGUCAUCACCAUGGCCAUGGAGCACUACCAGCAGCCAAAGGUUCUUGACGAAGCCCUGAAGAUUUGCAAUUACAUCUUCACCGUUAUCUUUGUCAUGGAAUCUGUUUUCAAGCUUAUUGCCUUUGGAUUUCGCCGCUUCUUCCAAGACAGAUGGAACCAAUUAGAUCUGGCAAUUGUGCUGCUGUCUAUCAUGGGCAUCACUUUGGAAGAGAUCGAGGUGAAUGCUUCACUACCAAUUAACCCCACAAUUAUCCGGAUCAUGAGAGUUCUCAGAAUCGCCCGAGUGCUGAAGUUGCUGAAGAUGGCUGUGGGGAUGAGGGCCCUCCUGGACACCGUGAUGCAAGCGCUACCACAGGUGGGAAAUCUGGGCCUUCUCUUCAUGUUGUUGUUUUUCAUAUUUGCAGCUCUUGGAGUGGAGCUGUUUGGAGACCUUGAGUGUGAUGACACACACCCCUGCGAGGGGCUGGGACGGCAUGCCACAUUCAGGAACUUUGGGAUGGCCUUCCUGACCCUAUUCCGAGUAUCCACAGGAGACAACUGGAAUGGGAUAAUGAAGGACACACUGCGUGACUGUGACCAGGAGUCCACCUGUUACAAUACCGUCAUUUCCCCCAUCUACUUCGUCUCCUUUGUGCUGACAGCCCAGUUUGUCCUGGUGAAUGUGGUGAUUGCGGUGCUCAUGAAGCACUUGGAGGAGAGCAACAAGGAGGCAAAGGAGGAGGCAGAGCUUGAAGCAGAACUGGAGAUGGAGAUGAAGACCAUCAGCACUGGCCAGCACAGCCCCUCAAACAUCUUUGCGUGGACAGGCACCACCAGUGGAGAGAGACCAGAGAACCCCAGCGGAUUUACCAAUCCCAUGCAAAUCAAGGUGGAUUCUCAGCUCUCAAUAGCUUAUCAUAUGGAAAGGCACUUGUUUGAUACCAUAUCACUGCUGAUCCAGGAGUCUCUGGAAGGAGAGCUGAAGCUGAUGGACAACCUGUCAGGCUCUGUGUGCCAUCAUUAUGCCCUCCCAGCUCCUGAAUAUUACAACUCUGAGAACCAGAUCCCUCUAGCUGAGAUGGAGGCUCUAUCUCUGACGUCAGAUAUUCUCUCUGAAAAGUCCUGGUCCUUAGCUCUGACGGAUGACUCUUUUCCUGAUGACAUUAACACACACUUACUUAAUGCUCUGGAAAGCAAUGCUGGUCUCCGCUCCAAGGACGACACGCUGACCCUGUCCCCCAGCAAGGACCUGCUGAGUGUGAGGAAGCCCUCGGUGGGACGCACCCACUCCUUGCCAAAUGACAGCUACAUGUUCCAGCCGCCCUACUCCAGCCCCUGCCCUGCCUCCCUGGGCAACAGGAAACCAGCACAUCACAAGUCCCAAUCAGGUUCAAAGGCAUCGGUGCAGUCGCAGCCGGCAGACACCAGCUCCCUUCUGCAAAUCCCAAAGGACCAUUUCCACCAUGUAAGAGCUCACAACCAUUUGGUGGGGGAGAGCAAGCCCCAGGUCUCCCAGCAGCCACACUCCCCUUCUGCUGAGAGGCUGCUCCGCAGACAGAUGGCUAUAAGGAAUGACUCUCUGGAUAGCAAGGAGAAUCUCCACACCGAGGUGAGUGAACUCUCUGACCCAAAUGUUCCCACUGUACCCAAGGAGGAGUCACCAGUGGCUCUGAUGCCCUCAGAAGUGAAUGAGUUGGCUGCCUGGAGUCGGGCGAGCGUCCAUACACAGCAGCAUUCCCACAAUCAGUGUAAUAUUUCAAAGCAGGCACCAGCAUCCUGUGCUUGUGCAGACUUGAAUCAGGAGACCCCUGAAGAUUCAGUGGACCAAGAAGUAUCUGAAAUAAACAGCUCCUCAGAGCCUUUCACUUCAGAAACUUGCACAGCCUCGAGUGCCUGUUCGGAGGGUCAGCCUCUCACGCCUAAGAGGAACAUGGGCAAUACUGGCAACGUGAUACGGAAGGACCUGAAGAAAUAUCACAGUGUAGACACCCAGGGUCUGCUAAAAAAACCGCCCUCUUGGUUAGAUGAUCAAAGGAGACAUUCAAUAGAGAUUUGUUCCAUAGAAAACAGCCCUCAGCACCAUUCCACAUCCAGCUCUUCUGGCUUUAUAAGUCAGGUGGUCAGUGAAAUAGAAUGCUUGCAAGGUACACGGCAGAAGAAGAAACUGAGCCCUCCUUGUAUAUCUAUAGAGCCACCUGAUGGGCAGAGUUUGGUACCUAGGGGACCCCACAGCAUCUCACCUGCCAGUGGAGACGUUUGCUUGAGGAGGCGUGCUCCGUCCUGUGAGUCCAAGGAUUCAGUGGAUAUAGGGGAUUCACUGCUUCCAGACAGUAUGUCAACAUCUCCUACCCCAAAGAAAGACUUGUUGACACUUCCUAGCUUUUCCUUUGAUCAAACGGAAAUGGACCCCUGAGUUGCUUUUCUGUUGGUGCCAAAUGUCUUCUUCCUUUCAUGUAAUAGAAAAAAAAUCUUAAAAACUCUGUACUCCAAAAUGGCACUGGGUAAAAAAUUUCCAAAGAAAGAUUAAAGAACCAGCUGGUUAAAAGAGUGGUUAACCUAUAUCACGCUUACUUAAGCAUAUGUUCUGCUUAGGUAAAAGCAAUACAAUGUGCAGAAUCUAUAUGUAUAUUAUAUUUUAUUAAAUUAAUUGAAUCUAGUAUCAUGGGAUGUAGUACAUUUUGUGACUAAAGACUCAUUUAAUUUUCUUCUAUUUUAUGUAUCUCGGAAUAUUUCUGAGAUAAAGUUGGUUUUUAUGAAUAUUUUAACCUAAAAAGUAUAUAUUUAUUCCCUUCUUUUUUUGUUUUGUUUUGUUUGGGUUUCAUUUUGUUUUGCAAAGCACAAAAUGUAGCCAAUUAGUGCAUUACAGAGGAAAUGUAUCCCACAGUCAGCAGUAAAUAAGGAUUAUUUCAUGUAAUAUAUUUUUCCCCUUGAACUUCAAUGAUAUUCUGGGAAAACAAUUGUUUGUGUAGUACAGAAAAGCAGUUGCAAUUUUUUAACAAAAUAUUCCAAUCUUGCAUAAAAUUGACAUUCAGAGUAUGAAAGCAAGUGCUCAGACCCAGGAAGGUCCAAUAUGCUGAUGUCUGAAGAUGGUGAAGGCAGAGCCAUUUAACAGUACAAGAUACUGAAUUAUGAAAGGAUCAUAGUGGAUGUUAUGGAUCAUCCACUGGCAACUCACAAAAUCAUGUCAAUGGUUAAUUUUCAUGCAUUCCUAGGAAACAGACAACAGAGGCCUGUGGUCACUUCCGAGAUGUUUUUGCAAAGUCUCCAGGAUGGACUUUUUAUUUUGCUGAGUUUUACACCUCCCUCAUCUCUCUGUUUUCAGUGGAGCUCCUCCUCUCUACACUCUGUGGAAAAGAGAGUGAGAUCAAGUUUAAGACUUGCAGUAGGUGAAAGCAGGGCAAACAUGGCACAAAAAUAGGCUUAAGCACAUGCCCAAAGUUAAGCUCUUGCCUAGAAUGCCUGGAGGUUGAUCACAUUAAAGUAAUUCCUGAAAAUUAAAAUCAUAUGCUCAUGUUCUACUGAAUCAAGGCACUUCAGCAAGUUAUUUUACAGAAAGUCUGCAGGUACUGAAAUGAUUGCUGGUUUUCAGUAAAAUACCCAGGUAUUUUUCUAUCACUGCUAGAGUUAAUUUACAUUACCCCAACUGCAAUUUUAUUUCCAAUCUAUCAAUAGCCUUAAGCAGCAACAUGAUGAUACAAAGUGGAUAAACCCAGAAUUCAUGUCCUUACUUUAUAACAUCAAUCAUCUCAAAAAUUGCCUGUUUACUCCUGUGCUAAUGUCCUCUGCCAAAAGCAAUCUGUAAAACUGGACAGCACAGCCUGAAAACCACUCAAGGUUGGCCCCAUUCGACACCUCAUGACUGAUGGAAGCCAGACAUUAACUCCACUCCACUUCCAUGAAAUCACAUUAAGAUGUAAGCUAAAUUACACUGCAGGCAUGCUUUGAAGUGUGCCAAUAGUCACAGGCUUGAAACCAAGUCCACAGAUCAUGCCAGCACAGGCAAGAGGAGGAUUUGUGCUAAUUCUGUCGGUUGGGAGUUUGUAAAUUUUGACAACUACCAAUCUUUGCAAAUCACUACAACAUGCUGAUGUACAGCCUUCUAUCCAUUCAGAAAUUAGGCUGUUUCCACCACGUGUAUCUACAUUAGCUUGGAGUGUACACACAAGGACAAGAUGCUUGUUCAUACCCCACAGCCUAUUUGAGGCCCUAGGCCCCUUUAUUUUCACUUGAGGAUGUUUACUCCAUAAACAAUCCCUACUGAUUUACAUGUCCACGAGAAAUGUAAGGGCUUUCAGCAGGAAGUCAGGCAAUCAGUGUAUUUGAAGUAGGAGGAUUAACAUUCUGUACUAUUUAGUGCAGUUAGAUUAAUUCUUGGCUGGGACAUUUUUCCCCUCUUCACCACAGGCCCAUACAGAGCCCGCUCUCUUUGAUAUGCCAGCCCAAAUCCAGAGUUAAGCCUGUCUAAAGCAAUGAUUUCAAACAAGCCUUUCAUCAGUUCUUCCCCCAGAUCAUAUUUAAGGAAAUAAUAAAAUUACAGUGCAUUAAGCCUGAGAAAUAUUCUUAAGCCCUUUUUGGUUUUACACCCAUAAUGACCCCUAGCUUUUUCUUUUACAUGUGCUAAAUAGUUUGGGAAACUAGCUAGGCCACUAAAAUUGCCAUCCUUGGUACCUCAGUGAUUAGGAUUGUGUUCACAUAGCUGGAAUGAUACUACUUUUCAGAUCCUUCCUUACAAAAAACCCACUGAACAUUUUAGCUUGAAAUCAUGGCACAAAACAGUGAUGUGACAUCAAUCCAAAUGUUCAACUCCAAAUGUAACAGAAAGCCUAAAAGUUCUUCUAUUUAAUGCUUGGGGUUUUGCCUACUGACAAGGUUUGUGGAAGUAAGAAAAAAGUUUACAUCAUACAUUAAUAUUCAGUAAAGACUAGCGAAUAAAAGAUACUCUAUGAUGAUGCUUUCAGGAAAAGAAUUACAUGUAAAAUAGAUUGUUUUCUAAACCAGAUAAGUUUUUUCUAGAUGCCCUUUUGAAAGACAAAUACAAAUGUACUGCAGCACAUGCAAUAAUACUCAAAUCAUUUUAAAUACCUUUGGGAGGGUUUUAUAGAAUUUGACUUUUUUAAACAAAAUGUACAAAAUCCACAGGAAUUCUGUAGAAUGGUUAUGUUGAUAGAAUUUUUUAUAUUUUUGUAGAAAUCUAUAGAGAAAUUGUUAAAAGUCUGCGCUGCAUCUUGGCAACAGAAGCAGCUCUUAUCUUCGAGUUUCUUUUCAUAAACCUGGAGCCAGGCCUGCUCUGUUACAACACAUGGAGUGUAGUUUCAUAGCCUGCAUCCAGGGUGUGUUUGGGAGUCAGCAGUUAAGCUGAAGUUCCAUGAUACUGCAGUGCUAUUACUGUCCAAGAACUGUACCCACAUAAAGCACACCCCUCCCCUCCCCCCAAAGCUCAGCCCCUGUCCAUGGUGAAGUAGUUGCAUGGCUCUCCAGCUCAUUCAAGCACACCAGCACUUUACUACUGUGGAUUUACUGUAUGCAGAUGGGAGGAAGUUAUUUUGUUAUUGCCAAUCUGACACAAUGGGGGAAAAGAGACUGCAGACGUGUCUGGAAAAACAUAAAUUCUGUUCUUGCAGCCCCUAGCACAUAGAAGUGAUUUUUCAAAACUUGGUUAGAGGUUUGUACUGUAGAUAUUUUGGAGGAGGACAAAGAAAACUGUUUUUGACUUCUGUGGAUUGCACUCAGCACUAGGUGUAUUCAAGGAGAAAAUAAAAAACAGGAAAAAAAAAAACCACCAAAAGCAUUACCACUGUAAAUUAGGCUAUGCCCAGUCUCCCCUUUUCUGCCCCUUUGGCUAUAAUAACCCAUGUACACUAUUACACAAGGUGAGUAGAGUAGGUGCAGUACCAUAGCAAUGUCCAUAACAACCUAGUAUAUAUGACAGAACUUUGUAUUUAAUAGUUAAUAUAUUGUUAUACUGUAUCAGGUAUAUAGGCCAAAACAAAGUCUUUUGGUCAGGGCAACAAAAGGUGGUACUCAUGGGGAAAAUUGGAUUUGGAUUUGAAAAUUGGAAAAAGGAUAGGAUCUUUUUUUUUUAAGAAAAAAGAAAAAAACAAGUGUAAAUCUUUACAACUGACAAAAACAAAUGUGUCCUAUUAAAAGCUUUUGAAAAUAAAAA